GGAGAUCGAUCAUUCUUCUUCUCAGCUCAUUUCGAACUGUUCUACUUUGAAAUAUUCCGACAAUGCCUUCACAAGACGUCAUCUUGGUCACCGGCGCCAACACCGGUCUUGGAUUCCAGAUUAUCCGUGCCUCUGCUCCCCUCGCCAAAGCUGAUCAAGCAAUCGAUGCCGCUGUCAAGGAAUUCCCGUCCUCUCGCAGCAAGCUGUUCCCUAUUCAAGUUGACAUCGAGGAUGAUGAUUCCAUCACUGCAGCCUUCAACGAGGUACAAUCCAAGUAUGGCCGGCUCGAUACCCUCAUCAACAAUCCAGGCGCCCAGCUCGACCAGCAAGUCAAGGCUAGUCACAUGACCGUGCGGCAAAUGUGGAAUGCUUCCUGGAAUGUCAAUACUGUCGGAACACACAUCAUCCCGUCUACGUUGAUGCCGCUUCUUAUCCAGUCCUCGAAUUCCCGUCUCUUGUUCAUAACUAGCGGUACGUCAACCCUAGCAGGGACGGAAGACCUCGCCGUCUUUGUCAACAAGUCUCCCGCAAAAGGCUGGCCGAAGGACGCGUUCAGUAUUCCGGCGUACCGGAGCAGCAAGACUGGCAUGAAUGCGGGAUUGGUGCCGAAUGGCGCUGGCGAUCCGGCGGUAGCGGGUGAUUUCAUAAGAAGCGUUUUGGAGGGAGCAAGAGAUGCCGAUGUGGGGAAGGUUAUACUCAGAGAUGGGGUGCAGCCUUGGUAG